AUGGCCUUGGACCACGUCGUGGCCACCCGCACGGGGACACUCCGCCGUCCCCAGCAGCCGGGUGCUCGGCGCCAUCGGCCUCCUCGUGCUGCUCAGGUCAACGCUCCGCGUUGCGCCCACGGCUUUCCUCACCGGAGCACCCUCAUCGCUCGCUCCCACCAUGAGCCCAUGGUCAUGGUGAUGCUGGGAGCCGUCAAUGUCCGCGUCAACAAGGCCUACGGGCUCUUGGUGGCCUUGGCCAUCCUGGGCUCCGACCUGCUGCUCAUCGCGCUCUCCGUGCUCAUCCUCGGGGCCGUUUUCCGGCGCGCGCGGCUCAAGGCGGUGCACACGUGCGUGCCGCAUCUCCGCGUCUUGCUGGAGUUCUAUGUGCUCGGCUUCCUCUUCCUCACCCACCGCUUCGGACACAGCGUCCCCCCCUACGUCCGCAUCCUCCUCUCCAGCUUCUACCUCCUGGUACCCGCCGCGCUCAACCCGCUCGUCUACGGCAUCGGGAACGCAGCCAUGCGCCAACGGGUGCGGAGGACGAUGGGGCUCAUAGAAUCAUAG